CCGAAGGACGUACAGCGUCCUCAUAUUGUUCAUUGGAACUCGACUGCUCCCCCGCCACGCGAAUGCUUAGCCAAUGACAAACGACGUACCCCAAUGCUUCUGUCUAUACUCUUUAAUCGCAAGGUUCGACGAUCUAAUAACUCAGCUCGGAGUGUGACCAUAUUCAUCGCUGGAGGUGUCAGUGGGGUGAUGGUUGCAGCGAUGCAUGCCCUGGGCUGGAAUUUUGCGUUUCCGAGCCACGCGGAGCGGAUAGUGUGGCAUACAGCUUUCGUUGGGAAAGCAUGUUUGUCGUUAACGAUGUGGUCCCUCUGGUAUUUGGACGCGCAGCCAUCGGAGUACAAUGGAUUAUCGGGUAAAGCCCUAUAUUUCCUUUCAGUUAAUCUCAUGAAGAUUAUUGGAUUUCUUGGCACGAUAUACGUCUUUGCACGUCUUACAGUGAUUACACUUACCAUGCUGAGCUUACGAUCGCUACCUCAGGGUGUAUACGAUACAGUAGGUUGGACCAAGUUUAUUCCACAUGUAGGUAUGUAG